CACUGACCUUAGCCAGCAGUCAUGACAGUUUCAACUCUGUCUGCUGCAGCAAAUAUCACUCCCGUGGUAAUUAGGACCUUGUACCUCCAUUCGAAACGUAAACGCAAGGGAAAGAAGACCCGCUCAGAGGACAAAGCACAUGCACUUGACAAUAUAUUCUUCGACGAGGCAUUCAACAUUGUUAAAGCCUUCAUCUUGCUGGGGACUAAGAAUACGGUGGAAUCGCUGCAAGCAUUCACCAACACUCACGUCCCCGCGCCACCUUGGGCGGCCGUUGUCCCUGUUCUUAUACCCUUUGCAUCCUGCAACACGGCUGCAGACACUUUGAUCAAAUGGUUCGGUCCAGAAGAUAUCAAGCAUGUUGUCGGUGGAGAGCGGUGGUGGCAAGUCAGGGGCCUGGAUGGUGGAGAUGGCGAAUGGAUCGCGGAAAAGGAACAGCUGACCGACACGAAUGACAAGUCUGAGGAGGGUAAGCACUCCUGGCAAGAGAAAACCAUCAAAAAAAUGGAGCAACUGGAUAGAGUACUGUUUUACGUGCACGGAGGCGGAUACUUUUGGGGGUCAAUAAACACUCAUCGUUAUCAAAUCAUUCGCUAUGCCCGGAUGAUCAACGGUCGUGCGUUUGCCGUAAAUUAUCGAAAGGCGCCUCAAUAUCCGUGGCCAUGCCCUCUGCAAGAUGUCCUCGCAGCGUACUUAUAUCUGAUUGACCCGCCCCCUGGAUCAGCACAUCGACCUGUACCCGCGUCGAAGAUCGUAUUUGCUGGCGACUCCGCAGGUGGCGGUCUUUGCCUGGCGACUUUGACACUUCUGCGCGAUAUGGGGCUACCUAUGCCCGCUGGCGCUGUUCUGAUCAGUCCAUGGGUUGAUAUGACACACAGUUUCCCCAGCAUCAUGCAAAAUACCCACACUGACAUAAUACCUCCUCACGGGUUUCUUGCGAAGCCGUCGACCCUUUGGCCUAUGGAUCCCACGAAUACCACAGCACGUGUCGUUCCCACCACCACCAAUCCACCACCUAAACCUGGCCAUGCUGACGUCCUCGUGCCUCAAGCAGACCGUCCUCGUGACGAUGCUGAUUUGGACGGUGCGGCGGCUGGUUUAGGUGCGACGGAUAAACCUAAGCCCCAGGCUGAAAUGAUGAAGAUGUACGGCGCGAAAGACGAUGUAUCUGACCCAUUUCAGCCUUCAGAUGAUAAAGGAGAAAGUUCACCCAUCGGGAGGGGCCCGGGUCAAGUAGGCGCAGAGUCAAACGACGACAACCUUGAGACUCGAGAGCCUAAACCGUCGAAGGUGCUCAUGAAGGACCCUAACGCCAUACCACUUGAGCUACGAUCACAAAUCCAUCUUUACGCGACCAAUGAGCAACUCUCACAUCCUCUAGUUUCCCCUGUGCUUCAAAGUUCUCUCUGCAACCUUUGUCCUUUGUACAUCAUUGCCGGUGACGGUGAGGUGUUAAGGGAUGAAGUCAUCUACUUGGCCCACCGGGCCGCACAUCCUGAUCAGUUCCCUGUCCGUGAGGGAGUUAUCAGAGACGGUUGGAGACAGAAGGAAAAUCUACAAAGAUUCACUACCCCGACAAAAGUGCAUUUACAAGUGUUUGACGAUAUGUGUCAUGUUCUCACUGUUUUCACUUUUAUCGACUGCGCCAAUUACGCCUAUCAUUCAAUUGCUGAUUUUGUUAAACACGUUACUGACAGCUCGCCUGAGGAGUUGGAAGAAAACCCAUUUCCAGGACCGUCGAAACCUUCCCGUUCUAACACUGUCGGGAAAACACACCCCGAAAAGGAAUCGCAAGGGUGUCGAAAAGCCGAUACAGGUGAUGUAGCAGGCGAUAUAACAGCCGACGAAUCAGGGAACAUGCGCAGAGGCUCGCCUAUUGCAAAUGGAGGGUUACAUCCUGGCACUAUAGAGACAGGGAAACGAGGACAAGAGAUGAUACGAGAGCGUGUAGAUAUUUAUGGGAAUGUUCGACCAAUGGAACCCAUGCAGGAUGUGCAAGCUCUUCAAUUAAAGCCCUCUGAAAUUGGUAUAAUCAAGGAGGACCCUCUCAACAAAUGGCUAAGUGGCCAAAAACAAUGGGAUAAACGCUUCAAGAAGACCAGUCGGAAAGUUCUUGGAAAACGCCUGAAAUGCGAAACGAAGGCGAAGACGAUGAUCGACAACGCAAGAGAUCAGGGUCUUGUACUUGAAGGGGACAAGGACACCAUUAAUACGAGACCCAAGCCAGAGAGGUCAUCUUCAACGACGUCCGUGAGGACGAUUCGAGGUGCAAUUCAGGCUGACAGACGAUGGGGGCCUUUGGAUCUGGCCGAGGAAAACCCACCAUCAACUGCCAUUGCUAAUAGGCGCGAUACCGCGGACGCUCUAUCGUUGCUCAAAAAGACCAUUUACCAUUCAGCGCCUGUCACCCAUAAAACCCUACCGACGCUCAAGACAUCCGACGCGAUCAAAGCAGCGUUCGAUCCCAACGACGAUCCCUUUAGGCCGCCCAGGCAGUCUGCAUCUGAGCAGCAGACACGUUCUUUCAUGAACUUGCAUGGUUUGAGCGUCUGGGAGUCACUUAUCAGGCUUUUCAUACGGAAGAGCGCUGUCAAGGUGGCUAAUGGAACUCGUUAAAUGCGAGGGUACCCUUCGUGGGAGUGACGGAGACUCGUAGUCUCGGACAUAAUCAAUUAAUAUCCGCCUCAACAUCGCGUCGUCGCGGGGCGCGUCGCACACUUGUUCCGGACAAGUCGCAUAAUGGACAUAUA